AAGCAAUAUGGGCCAAAGCACAAAACCUUCUUGCUUCUCACAUGGCAGUAGAGAGAGAGAAGGAUUAGCAUUCAAGUGAGAACUUCAGAGAGGGCACAGAGAGAAAAAGCACAGGGGGAAGGAGGAGGAGCCUUCAAUUCCUUAAAUUUUUCCACCUCAAACACCGUUUUUUAAGCUUCCUCUCUCUCUCUCUCUCUCUCUCUCUCUCUCUCUCUCUCUCUCAUUCUGCCAUUUUUAAAUGCUCCAUCUUCCAACCUGUCUUUUGCUUUCUCUUUCGUCUCUACUGCUUCACUACUGCCGAUCUUCAUUUUCACCCUUUUUUCUUCUUUCUCAAACCACCCCCUUUUGCUCAAUUUUUGUACCCUUUUUCUUAGAUCUGUCUUUCAUGCUCUCUUUCAUCACUUCUGCCCCUUUUUUGCUGGCCAGCUUGCGGUUUUGAAAUGGGAUCUGUUUGCUGAGAGGCCUUUUGCUGAUUAGAAGAUGGAGGUUGAGAAAAAACGCUCAAAAGGAGGCUUUCUUAACUUAUUUGAUUGGAAUGGAAAAUCUAGGAAGAGGUUGUUCUCAAGCAGCAAUGAGUUAUCUGGGCUGAAGCAAGGAAAAGAAAAUGUUGAUAAUUUGUCAAAGUCACAGCUCUUUCAGUUAGAGGCAAGCGAAGAUGGAGCAAGUUCUAGUUAUAAAUUAAAUGGUGAUUGGGACUUUUCUUUGACCAAAACCAGUGAAGAAAAAUGCGGGGGCCGAGUCCCCAGUGUAGUUGCUAGACUUAUGGGUUUAGAUUCAUUGCCUUCUAGUGUACCUGAGCCUUGUUCUACCCCGUUCUUAGAAUCCCACUCUGUCAGGACAUCGUCUCAUCAUGAUCACAGUAAUGGGGUAUGGAACAGUCAUUCUAUGGAAUAUAUAGAUAUGCCUAACAAACUAGAGAGGUUUUCUGGGAAUCUCUUAGACUUUAGGGCGCAAAAAGUACCUAAGAGUCCAAUUGAGAGAUUUCAAACUGAAGUAUUGCCUCCCAAGUCUGCUAAAUCUAUACCCAUAACUCAUCAUAAGUUGUUGUCUCCUAUCAAGAGCCCUGGGUUUACCCCAACGAUGAACACGGGGUACUUAAUGGAGGCAGCUACCAAGAUAAUUGAGGCAAGUCCAAGGAAAACUGUGAAGAGUAAAAUGACACCAAUUACCAAUUCCUCAAUGCCGUUGAGAAUACGGGAUUUGAAAGAGAAAUUGGAAACUGCACGCAAGUCAUCAGGGAUCGAAAAAUCAACAGAAAAUUAUAUUGGCAAGUAUAGAAAAGGGAAGGCAGCUAGUGAACGGAAUUAUAGUGGAUCAGAACAUCUUUUAGUGUCGAGGACAGAAUCUACUGGAGGUGAUAGAAGUAACACCAACACUUCAAAAGAUAAAGGAAAACCAGUUUCCCUAUCAGUUCAAACUAGGGGCAAUCUUCAGAAUAAAGGGGAAUCAACUUCUUGUAGCGAGAGGAGUUCAAUGGAUAGGAAUGAACAUACUGAAGUAAAAUCAAGCCAACUUUUCAAGAGCCAGCCUGGCAUUCAGAAAACUAUGCAGAAGAGAACCAUGAAGAGGAAUAACAAUAUUCUUUCACAAAACAAUCAAAAGCAAAAUUCUGUACCCAACAAAGAAAAAUUGCCUUCAAAACCUCCAGUCUUGAAUCAGCCUGUCAAAAGGACCCAGUCUUCUAAUUCUCACCUACGUUCUAGGAGAACUGUAAAUAAGGUUGCUAUGAGCUCUGAAGUUGAAUCGAAAAUCACACGCACAAGAGAAACAGAUGCCAAAAAAGAUUUUGCAUCUUCCAAGAAAAAUGCUGCCUCAAGGAAGAAAAGAUCUGUCAGUCAGGAUGUUUGCAGUGAAGGGACUUCUGGAUCCAAUGCUUUGAUCCACGACAGUGAGAGAUCUGUCAAAUAUAAUAUUGCUGUUGAUGGUUCAACAAACUGUGAUGAAAACAGGAAGCUGGGAAUGGACAUUGUUUCUUUUACAUUCACAUCCCCACUGAAGAAGUCUACAUCUGAACCUCACUCAGAUGAGGAUGUGAAAAUUAACCACAGUUUGGUCUUUGACUCGUGUAGUGAGAACGAUUAUUUGCAGAAUCUAUCAUCAUUUUCACCCAAUUUAAACGUCUUAAAUGGUGAUGCUUUAAGUGUUCUGUUGGAGCGAAAACUUCAGGAAUUAACAUGUAGGGUUGAGUCCUCUCAAUCAUACAUGGCCAGAGAAGGCAUUUUUGCUUGUUCUGAGUCCAAUUCGCAAGACGUUUUUUCCACUUCAGAAUAUUCCAAAGAAGAGAAUGGUGUGAAUUGCAGAUAUUCAGAUAGCGCCCAUGAUUGUGAACACUCGUCAAAUGAUAGCAACAAACUGAUAGCUGAUAAAUGGCAGCAGUUCCAGGGAGUAAAAGAAAUGAAAGAACCCGAAGAUAGCAACAACACUGAAACAAUUACCAUGAGUGGAUCUUCAGUUGAGUAUGAAUUUUCCCCGGACGAUGGAAAUAGCAUCCAUGUUCAACAUGGUGAUAAAAUCAAGUUAGACCCAACAAAUCUCUACCCAAGAAUGCUUGGCGAGACACCAAUAUUCGACUCCGCAUCAAGCAUCGACGAGGGAGACAAGUAUGGAACUUUGUCGCCUACAAUGACAAGUCCAAUAAACUACAACAUCUAUAGAUCAGAUGAUUGGGAACUGCAGUAUGUGAGGGAUGUUCUAACCAAAGCCGAGCUAGCAUUUGAAAACUUCACAUUAGGUGUUACCCCAAUGGUGAUUGCUACUGGUCUCUACAACAAUCUAGAGACUGAUGAAAACAUCAAGAACAGUGACGAACCAGAACAUUUCAAGCUCGAACGGAAGGUUCUGUUCGACUGUGUUAAUGAAUGUCUAGAACUACAGCUCAAACAAGUAGUAGUUGGAAGCUCCAAAACAUGGGUUCCAUGGACAAAACUGUUUGAAAAUGAUUGUCUGGGUGAUGAAUUAUGGAAAGAGAUAGAGAGUUGGAAAUGUAUGGAAGAAUGGAUGGUUGAUGAACUUGUGGACAAGGAUAUGAGUACCCAACAUGGGAAAUGGCUAAACUUUGAACAAGAAGCAUCUGAAGAGGGGAUUUUGAUUGAGAGAGGGAUAUUAACUUCUUUAGUCGAUGAAUUGGUCAGUGAUUUGCUGAUCACUGGGGGAAAUGCUUAAUCCUUUUUUUUCUUUUUUUUUUUGUUAACUUGUUGAUGAUGUAAAUUGGUCAGAUGGUGAGUCUCUGUUAUGAUUUUUUUUUUCCUUCUUGGAAAAGAAAACUUGUCAUAGUGAUUGUCCUCCUUACUGUAGUGUAGAGAUGGUGGUGAUGGUACUGAUGGAUUUCCAGACAAAUAUUGCAGAGGAAGCUCUGAUAUCUGGUUUCAAGUACUUUCCAUCUUCAUUAACAUUGUUUUUCUUUUAUAACAAUAUUUCCUUUUAUAAUACUUACUCUUACUCUUUA